AUGGAGUCGCGGCGGCCGCGGCCGCGCUCGCCACCGGGUCGCGGCGGGAGGGAGAACAAGGGGAUCCGCAGGAAGGGCCCGCCGGCGGCCGGCGGACCUGAGGAGGCCGUGGACGGCAGGAAGCCUAAAUUCCUGGACAGAUUUGCCAGUAUAAGAAUUCCAGGGAGCAAAAAGGAAAGACCUGCUCUGCCACAUAUGAAGCAGUCACACUCCACAGAUGGGUCAUCUACACCUACUGAUGUGGAAGAUUUUGUUCCAAAACCCCUGUCAGAAGGAGAAAUCAUAGCACUCUUUGAAAAAAUGAUGGAAGAUAUGAAUUUAAAUGAAGACAAGAAGAUGCCGUUGAGAGAAAAGGAUUUUAAUACCAAAAAAGAAAUGGUGAUGCAAUACAUUAGCACUGCUUCAAAGUCUGGAAGUCUCAAGAACAGUCGAAAGAUUUCACCACAAGAAUUUAUCCAGGAAUUAAAAUCUGGAUCAACAGAUGAAAGACUAGUGACUUGCUUAGAAUCACUUCGUGUGUCCUUAACUAGUAAUCCUGUCAGCUGGGUAGAAAACUUCGGCCGAGAAGGUCUGGGUCUUCUGUUGGAUGUUUUGGAAAGACUGGUUGAGACAAAGCACCAGGACAAAGCUGUGAAGAGAAGCCAGCAUAAGGUUAUACAGUGUUUGAGAGCCUUCAUGAAUAAUAAGUAUGGAUUGGAAAGAAUUCUGGGAGAAGAGAGGAGCCUUUUGUUGCUGAUCAAAGCAAUUGAUCCCAAGCAAACUAAUAUGAUGACAGACAUAGUCAAACUCCUUUCUGCAAUGUGCAUUGUUGGAGAAGAAAGCAUCCUUGAAAAAAUUUUGGAAGCUAUAACAGCAGCAGCAGAGGAAAGAAAUGUUGAUAGAUUCUCUCCUAUCGUAGAAGGACUUCAGGAUAACUCAGUUCAGCUGCAAGUAGCUUGCAUGCAACUCAUCAAUGCUCUUGUUACAUCUCCCGAUGAUUUGGAUUUUAGGCUUCACAUCAGAAAUGAAUUUAUCCGCAGUGGAUUGAAAGAGAUACUGCCACAAUUGAAAUGUAUUAAAAAUGAAGCACUAGAUAUUCAGCUGAAGGUAUUCAAUGAGCACAAGGAAGAAGACAUGAUUGAAUUCUCUCAUCGUUUAGAAGAUAUUAGAUCUGAACUAGAUGAAGUAAAUGAUGUUUACAACAUGGUAUGGAAUACAGUUAAGGACACUAGUGCCGAAGGAUAUUUUCUUUCUAUUCUCCAACAUCUUUUGCUAAUAAGAAAUGAUUAUUUUAUACGUCCACAGUAUUUCAAAUUAAUUGAAGAGUGCGUGUCCCAGAUAGUGUUACAUCGCAGUGGAACAGACCCAGAUUUCUCUUAUCGAAAAAGACUAGAUAUAAAUUUCAGCCACUUAGUAGAUGUUUGUGUAGAUAAAGCAAGAUUAGAAGAAUGUGAAGAGCGGGCUUCUGAACUUUCCAGGAAGUUUGAGAAAGAUUUUGUAGCUCAUCAAGAGACCCAGGCCCUACUGCAAAAAAAAGAAGAAAGAAUCAAUGCACUUGAAGCAGAAUUACAAGCUUUUAAAUCUCAGUAUGGCUCCUUGCCACCUGGAUUUCUACCAUCAACAUCUGGAGAUGCAUCUGCCAUUCCACUGGAAGCUGCAGAACCACAUCAGAUGCCUCCUCCUCCUCCACCACUGCCUUCUAACGGAGCAAUCCCACCACCACCACCGCCUCCCCCUCCUCCUCCACUUUUUAAUGGCUUGGGAUUUGCUGCAGGAAUUGGUGCUCCUCCACCACCACCACCUCCACCAGGCCUGCCUGGGGUACAGUGGUCUCCACCUUCAUGUGCUCUGCCAUUUGGGCUGAAGCCUAAAAAAGAAUUUAGACCGGAGGUUACCAUGAAAAGGCUCAACUGGUCUAAGAUCAGGCCUCAGGAAAUGACAGAAUCCUGUUUUUGGGUUAAGGCAGAAGAGGACAAGUAUGAGAAUGCUGACAUGCUUUGCAAACUGGAACUUACAUUUUGUUGUCAGAAGAGGGUAAAAAAAGAUGAGGAAGAUUUUGAAGAAAAGAAAUCCAUUAAGAAACGAAUCAAAGAACUAAAAGUUUUGGACCCCAAAAUUGCACAGAAUCUGUCAAUUUUCCUUGGAUCUUUCCGAGUGCCUUACGAAGAAAUUAAAAUGAUGAUUUUGCAAGUAGAUGAAACACUACUCUCAGAGUCCAUGAUUCAGAAUUUAAUAAAACAUCUUCCAGAGCAAGAACAACUGAAUGCGUUGUCAAAGUUCAAGAAUGAGUACAAUAAUUUGUCUGAGCCAGAGCAGUUUGGAGUUGUGAUGAGCAACGUGAAGAGACUACGGCCACGGCUCACUGCUAUUCUUUUUAAGCUUCAGUUUGAGGAGCAGGUGAACAACAUCAAACCUGACAUCAUGGCUGUCAGUGCUGCUUGUGAAGAGAUAAAAAAGAGCAAAAGCUUCAGCAAGCUGCUGGAACUAGUACUGUUAAUGGGAAACUACAUGAAUGCAGGUUCUCGGAAUGCACAGACCUUUGGAUAUAACCUCAGCUCUCUCUGUAAACUGAAAGACACGAAGUCAGCAGAUCAAAAAACAACACUGCUCCAUUUUCUUGUAGAAGUGUGUGAAGAAAACUAUCAAGAUGUUCUGAAUUUUGUUGAAGAUUUUCAGCAUUUGGAUAAGGCUAGUAAAGUCUCAGCAGAAAACCUGGAGAAGAGCCUGAAGCAUAUGGAAAAGCAACUCCAACAGCUUGAGAAGGAUUUGAAGACAUUUCCAGUUGCUGAAGAUAAGCAUGAUAAGUUUGUAGCAAAAAUGUCCAGCUUUCUAAUUCAUGCCAAAGAAGAUUUUCAGAAACUUUCAGGGAUGCAUGAGAACAUGGAAAAACUGUAUCAGAAUGUGAUGAGGUAUUUUGCAAUCGAUCUGAAGAAAGUUUCAGUGGAGGAGUUUUUGACCGACUUAAACAACUUCAGGAUGAUGUUCAUGCAAGCAAUAAAGGAGAAUAUAAGAAGGAGAGAAGCAGAAGAAAAGCAGAGACGUGCUAAAAUAGCUAAGGAGAAAGCAGAAAAAGAAAAACAAGAGAGGCAACAAAAGAAAAAGCGUUUGUUAGAAAUGAAAACAGAAGGGGAGGAGACUGGAGUGAUGGAUAGUCUGUUGGAGGCCUUGCAGUCAGGUGCAGCUUUUCGAGAUCGAAGGAAAAGAACACCAAGGCCUAAAGAAACACCACAAAAUCUCAGUCCAACCACACAGAGGCCGGUGCUGAAAGCCUGUAACCAUGAGAACCAGAAAGCACAACUAGAGAAGUCGUGUUCGCGCCACAAUAUCAGCUUAAACUCGACAAGAAGCCCGGUCACCAAAGAGGUUACUUAUGAUGUGGAAACAAGUUGUAUGGCAUGGAACAAGGCUGCUGGGAGAAAGGAAGCCUAUAAUGGAGAAGGCAACAAAGAAAGGAAAACAGAGCGUAACGGGUCUCCUUCUAAGGGAGAAACCAUUCCAGAGGUAGAAGCUCUCCUGGCAAGGCUGCGAGCACUAUAGAAUAUAAAGGAUUAAAUCAAAGCUUUAAAACAAACUAUAACAGAUAGCUUGAAAAGAUACACUAAUUUUCCAUUAUUGACAUUAUGUACUUCUGAAUUCCAAACUUCUCUAUGUAUUAAUACUCUACUUCCAAACUCCACAGCACCAGACUUGUUUUUCUUCUCAUUAAAAAGAUUUUUUGUUAUGCCUUUAUGUACUGAGACUACAAAAAAAAAAUAUCAGCAGAAACAAGUAAUACAUUAUUCCAAGUCACAAUCAUUUUAUUCAACAAACUGCUGACCAUAUGUUUUGAGAACUUCUCAAAAUAGGUGUAUCUCAUAAAUAUUGUUAGAUCACCAUGCCUGGGAAUAAGGGAAUGCAAGAAAAGUAGUCUUAUGUUUUCCACUGCAAUUUCUGUUCUGAAGAGACAUUAGUACCUAAAAGGUGUUAUUACAGCAACAUUUGCAACUAUAGUAAUGGGAAAUGUGUAUCACAUAAGUUUUUCAGACAUGUUCUAGUUUGAGUUCAUUGAAGAGCUCCAAAGUUUGCUUGAUAUGCUUUUACAAAAUGGAAAUCCAUGGACAGUAAACAGAAAAAUCUAUGCAGAUUAUAUACUUUAUGUGUGAAUAAUAUAUUGCUCCUCUUAAUCUUAGUUAUGCCAAUUAUAUCAAGAUAAUAUAUAUCUAAUUUCUGUGAAUGCAGUGUUUUGCAAUCGUAUCUGUAGUGGGCAAAAGGUCUUUCUCCACAGUUAUUUACCAAUGUCAUUUUUUAAUCUUUUCACACGAGAGUUAAUAUGUUUCUACAAAAGGAACAUAUAAUGGAAAAGUUUCUACAAUUGGUUUUUCACAAACUCAUUUUCCAGUAGCCCAUAAAGUCUUAUUUGCUGGCACAAUAGGAAACUUGCACAUAAUUGCAUCUCUUUUAUCGCACUGUCGUUGUACACUGUUACAUGUUGGCUAUCAUAUUUAUUAAUUGCACGUCAUAAAGAAUUGCUACCUAUGUUACCAAGUAGGAAGUUACUAUUAGUAUCUUUGCUCCAUUAUUUAAAACUUCCUCAUUAUUAGAGUGUAUUAGGUAUCUAAUAUCUUUCUUCUAAAUUACUCUAUUUUUCUUUACAAAACACUGAAAAACAUGUCUUUCAAUAAGAGUCAGUUAUGAAACCAGUGUUUCAGUGCUUCAGUGCUUUUUAUAUCCUUGUUUAAGUUGCCUUCUUACUUUCUGCACUAAACAUUAAUAAAGUUAAUUAGAACUCUGAAAUUGGGCCUGUUUAUACAUACUGCAUGGAGUGUUUUUCAGCCAUCAUGGGAAUCAAUCUCGUGUUUCUGGGGCUGUUGUAACCAUCAUUAUAUGCUCUAAUUACAUUUCCUGCAUUAGCUUUUGAAAAAUAGAAAAUAUGAAGAGAAGCCAGGGAAAGAUGCAGGGAAAUUCUGUCAGACCAUCAUUUAUUCAGUGCUGCUUGCAGAACAAUGGGCAGGGGUGUCAAACAAGGCUGUCUUUGGUGCCUUUUAGUGAGUGAACAGCAACUGCUAAUCUCAUAAGAACUAAAGUGUGGGUCACGCUGGAGUUAAUAAUGUCCUCUCCAGUCACUACAGUAAGUUGUAAGCCAUAAUUGUGCAUAAUGCAACUGUUGCUAAAGUACCACUACAAUCUUCUGCACCUUGUCAACUGUUAAGACUUACUACACAUGCUCACAGGGUACCAUUCAAAUUGCAGUCGACAGAGUACAGUACGCUCGACUAAAUAAAACUGAAUGAAAUAUGUUUUGAAGAAAGAAAAAUACAGUUGCUGAAGACGUGUUAGAAUAAAAGGGCUGGGCAUGGAGAACUACCUCUGAAGUAUGAACGUGAUGGCCAGCUGAAUGAAGGUGGAUGUACAAACUCGUUUUCAUUAACAGUUUCAUUACAUUUGUUCACUUGAAUAAGUGAGUAACAGUCCACACCUGACAGUUCAGGACACCAGUGUGUCAUUUUUCAAGCAAAUCAAAUUAAUGAAGCUACCUAGUGGAAUUCUCAAUAAUCAAAGAGCUCCUAGCAGCCUAGCAUCUUCUGAUUUAAAAGUAAAUAUUUACUUUUAAAACUAUAGAUCUUAAGCCAUCUUUUUGUACAGGCUGAGAAGCUCUAAGGAAUGUAUUCCAGGGCUUUUGGUCCUUGUUAGAUGUUGUGUUUCUGAAUUCGUUCUUCCAAGCAGACAUCAAGUUAAUUCACAGUUUCUUUCAUAUAACUAGGAGAAUAAAAAAAGCUUUGUAACUUUUCACAACCCAUGUAAAUACAGUGUGUAGUUUUUCCCCUUCAGCAUUUCCUUUUACCAUUGUAAUGUGAUGUAAUCAGGAUUGAAGUACUGGACCAACAGUCCAGUUGGUGUACACAGUAAGUUUUCUCUCUGCAUUUCAUCCUUCCUUAUAAGUAAACAAUUAAUAUCUUUUGAAUAGGAAAAAUAAAUACAUGGUUUAAUGGAUUCAAGUAACAGUAACCUUGAGAAUAUUAUGUCUCUAUUCCAUUAUAUGCUCUUAUGCUUUUAUUAAAGUGUAAAACUCGGCUUCUAAAUUAU